AUGGCGUCUCAACCUGAGCCGUUCGCUCAACAACCAUCUUAUACAAGCCUGUGGAAUGAUUUCCCUCCCAGAGCAUCUGAUCAGUCUAGCCCCAAUUUCGAUGGCCGGAUUGCACACACGUUAGCCGCGUGCACCAGGUGUAGACAGCGCAAGUCUAGAUGCGAUCCCGGAAUUCCGAAGUGCGGCCCAUGCGACCGCAGCAAUGCAAACUGCUCGUAUUACGACUCUACUCGAAAGCGUACAAUAUCGAGGACGUAUAUAGUUCAGCUCCGGGAACAGGCCCGCAGGCUGGAGAGAGAACUUGAAGAGGUGGAGAAGGACUUUCAACAAGCCGCCGAUGCAGAACUAAUCGUGCGGGGAACCGGUCGCAUUCGAUUCAAAGAGCACGACGAGGCUAGGUAUCUAGGACCAUCGAGCGGCAUUGCAAUUACGCGCUUGGUCAUGGAAAUGGCCAAACAGAACACCUCCUCAAAGAGUAUCAAAGAUGUCGUUCCGGAAUCGACAGCGCAGAAAAUCAAGGAUGCAUUUACGCAAGAGAGCGGGAAACCGACUUCUAAAGUGUAUCCCAUGAUCAGCUCUAUCGCGCAGCCAAAUCUGCCUCUUAAGCAUGUGACAUAUCGCCUUAUUGAUGUCUUCACUGUCAAGGGUACAAAACCUUAA